GAUCCCAAUAGACAAAACGAUCACCAAUUGAGACGUCAGAUGAGACAUCAGAGGAUGUUACAAAGAUUGAGAAGAAGAUAUCAGAGAUUAUCUCGUGAAUUGAAGAUAGAAGCAUAUGUUGGAUUACGAGAGCUUCGUGAGUAUGAAUAUGAUUUGGGAAGGGAGUUGCAAGAUUUUAAGAAUGCAUUGGUGGGAGAACUUGAAAGGAGGGAGAUGGAGCUCAAGAGAUAUCACAUAACAUGA